AAUGGAUAUAUUUGUUGUUGGUUUGAUUAGUCGUAUGCUAUAUUCAAAGGCUACAAAAUUAAACGGAACUUCUCAUACGGAUAUGAAUGAUUCAACAAAUAAGGAAUUCGACGAUCUACUUGACUUCGAUUCAAAGCCCGAUACUAAGAUUGAAGACGAAUGGAAAUAUAGGAACGAUGUAGAAAAAUUCGCUAACGAUUUCGUAAAUGAAGCCUUGGAAGAAAGUAGGGAAAAAUUAUCACCAGAGAGAGAGGUUGAAUGCGUUCAAGAUCAAAAGCCAGAUUUAUUUAAUCAAAAUGAGUUCGGUGCUGAAAAGAUUGAAGAAGAGGAAAUUAAUGUAAUCAAAGAACAAGAUGUUCCUAUCAAAGAACAAGAUUUAGUUACAGUAGACAACAAUUUACUGAUUGAGAAAGAGGCUGAUCAAAGUUUUACUGUUCAAGAAGAGGUUAUAGAAGCUCACGAAAGAGUUGAGCAAGUUUGCGAGCCUACACCGUCAGAUAAUUCUGAAAAUUUAUUCGAAAAUCAGCCAGCUAAUGAGGCUGAGCCUGUUCAAUUGAAUUCCAUUGUCCCUAGUGAAUCAUUAACUAGCGAUUUAAGUGACGGUAUUGUAUUACGAAACAAUGAGUUUGUCGAAGAAAACGAAGCGAGAAUUAAUGAAUACGAGGAAGGUGAUGAAGGAGACGAAGACGAUGACGACGAUGAUGAUGACGAUGAUGACGAUCAGAAGGAAAAUAAUCAAACUCCUUCUGUAUCGCUUGUUCAAGAUUUAACGGCAGUGAGUGUCCACGUUGUUCAAAUUAUCAAAACACUUGGCUACCUAGAUAAUUUCGUACCCUCCAAAAAAAAAAAAAUUCAUUCAUUUCUCCGUAGGCGAUGCUUUAUCUUUUUCGCAUGAAGGCUAUAGAUUCAUUGCAUGUAGAAUUAGUCGUAUUAUAUAAUUUUCAUUUUCAAUAGAUUCGCUUAUCCUCUCUUAAUUACAUACAAUAUAUUCAGUCUAUUAUGUACAUAAACAGUCUAUAUAUAUAUAUUAAAAUAAUAUAUAUAUAUAAAAUGUUUCUGUACAGAAAAUUCUGUAUAAAUUGUAUGAAUCUUAGAAUACUAACUCAUGUACACUAUCUCUUUCUGGCACACGGUAAUAUUAUAUUAUUAAACAAACAAUUAACAUAAAUCUCUCUUUCACUAUAAGUAUCUAUUAAUAUUAAUUAAUAUAGGGAGCAUUGUUGUUUUGUCUUUUUCGAUGUGCUUGUUGGGGUAAAUGGAAAAAGUUUCUUUUUUUUUUCAUCUGGGCUAAAGAGGGAACGAAUAUCUCUGUAUAGAUUCCAAAUCUGAAAAAGAAAUAUGUUUUGUUUUUUUUUCCCAAAAUCUCGUGGCGCAGGCUAGGAAAGCGUCUGUACAGCAAAUGUGGUCAUCUCCGAUGUGCUUAUCGUCUCCUCAACAAUCGUCUAUCAUUCUUGUAGACUAUUUACGGAGUUUUGACGAUAACAGCGAAAACGGCAACGUCUCUGACGACAACGAUCAAAACACUUAUCAGAGUGAGGUACGAUUAAUUCGAAAGAAUCAAACAAACAUCCAAAUGAAAACAAAUAUUUUACAAACAAACGUGUAUUUUAUUUUUGUGUUUUUUUAUUAUAAAAACACCUAAUUUCUUAUCUUAAAAAGUAAAAAGAGAAAAAUGAAAAAAGCAUAUAAAUUGAACCUUUUUUUUUUAAUUUUUUCAUUUCAAACAAUAGAAUUAAAAAAAAAAGAUAAAAAUCUUUUUUUAUUUUAUUAUACAAUUAAAAACAAUUACAUCAGUUGAAAUAGUAUAAAUGUCUAUGUGUAGUUAAACUAUGAAUUAUGGGCUUUAAAAUUCUCUUCUUAUAAGGGUACUUUUUAUUCGUGCUUUCUAUUUUAUUAUCGUUGUUGUUGAUAUCGUUCAUGGAAGGCAUUCAUUGACGUUUGUUGUAGUAAGUAUUCACUUACUUUUUCUUUUUUCUGGAUGAGGAGAAGGAUAAGGAUUUUUUUUACAAACAAAAAAAAUAACCAAAAACAAUUCAAAUUAAAUAAAAUUAAUAAUAAGGAGGAAGAUAAAAGGAAAAAUAGAGAGGAACAGGAUAAAAUUCGAAAGUAAACUUAGAUCAUUAAUAUCCUAUUGAUAUUUACAAAUCGAACAAAUAAUAAAACUCGAACACUUGAGAGACAAAGUUCUAAAACAUUGAUUUUAUUUUUGAAUUUGAAGAGAAGGGAAGAGAAAAAAUAUAUGUAUACACUUAUAUAUACUUCUAUAUAUAUAUACAUAUAUAUAUAUAUAUAUAUAAAAGUAUAUUUCUACACAAAUGCCACAAAAACCAAACCAACUGCCAUCUGUAUGAGACCAAAGCUUUUUAUUUUGUUAUGUUUAUUUUGUUGAACCCUUGGAAAAAAAAGCAUGAUAGAAAACUUUUAUUUAUAUUUCUUAAACAUUUCCUUUCUCUUUUUGCUCUAUUCUUUUAUCGGUAGUUUCGUAGUUACGUAUAUAUAUAUAUAUAAAGAAGAUUAAAUUCUCUUUCUUUCCUCACCUUUUUUUUAUUUUCAAUAAUAACUUUUAUGAAAAUAUGAAUCUAAAGGAGAAUGAUUAUGAGAAGGUGGAAGAGGAGGAGAAGGAGAAAGAGAAAUGGAAUAAAAUAAACCAUUAUUUCUUCUUUCAUGUUAUAUACGCUUUAUUCGUCAAAAAAAUGGAUGUGGAAUUAAUUAUCGUCAUUAGAUGCUUUCCAUUAUUAAGCAUAUAUUCUCGGCAUUUUUUUAUGCAUGCUACUUAUUAUUAUUUUUAUAGUAAUGUAUAUAUAGUGCUAACUAUGCAUAUAUUACUAUAAAACCGCUAGUGAUUAUUUUGCUAUAGAGGAUGUAUAUGUAUAAAAAACUAUAUGUAUACGCGUUAAUAUACGUAAUUCGAAAAUAUAUAU